AUGAAGUUUACGGGAAACAGUUGGGUGGGAGGAUUCCUUUUCAUAGCCACCCCUGCGCUAGCUCAACAAACCCUCUAUGGCCAAUGUGGUGGCAAUGGCUGGACUGGGGCAACCCAAUGCGUCGCAGGGGCAUGCUGCAGCGCUCAGAAUGCAUGGUAUUCCCAGUGUCUCGCUGGAAACUGCAUGCCAAGUACCACUUUGACGACCGCUGUCGCCACGUCAUCGGAAACGACAACAAAGACCACCACCACCACGACGAGUCUCCCAACUAAUCUCUCCGGGGGAUGCGGUAGGGUCCCGACGCUGAACAGUGGGACGUAUACUACCACUGUGAACGGCCAACAGCGUCAGUACAUCCUCACUCUUCCCUCGGGCUAUGAUCAAAACAAGCCUUACAAGCUCAUCUUCGGCUACCACUGGCUUGGAGGCGACAUGCAAGCUGUUGCAGGAGGAUCCUACUAUGGGGUACUGCCCUUAUCUAGUAACUCUGCAAUUUUCGUCGCCCCGCAAGGAAUUGACAACGGUUGGGCCAACACCAAUGGUCAGGACAUCACCUUCAACGACCAAAUUGUGGCAAAUGUUGAGAAUAACCUCUGCGUCGACAAAAAUCAAGUCUACUCCAUGGGAUGGAGUUAUGGUGGAUCCAUGUCAUAUGCACUUGCGUGUGCCCGACCCAACGUCUUCCGUGGAGUUGCUGUGAUGUCUGGGGCCAAUCUCAGUGGAUGCAGUCCAGGCACUCAGCCAGUGGCUUACUAUGCGCAGCAUGGAGUCCACGAUUCGGUGCUCAACAUCGGCCUCGGUCGUGGCAUUCGAGAUACGUUUGUGCGGGACAAUCAUUGUACCGCACAAAAUCCUCCGGAGCCAGCGGUUGGUAGUGGGACACACAUCAAAACCGUGUAUUCAGGCUGCUCAUCGGGACAUCCUGUCUGGUGGAUUCCAUUUGACGGUGAUCAUGUGCCACUGCCUAACGAUGCGGGUUCUAGCUCAUCGUGGACUCCUGGGGAGUUGUGGAAAUUUAUUACCCAAUUCAGCUAA